AAAAAGUGGAACCUGCGUUUUCCGGCUCCACCGCUUGUUUCUACCGGGGWCGGACACUGAUKUGUGUAACACCGGUGUUAGAGUCCUGUGAUGGAGUUUCGUUGACAUCCAGCCAGUGAUACUUCGUGACUUUAGUAGAAACUGUUUACCCGCACAUCGUUAUCUACCGUGGGCUUUCAKCCGGGCGACAUGGCGGAUAAUAUCAUCAUCAGGGUGCAGUCUCCAGAUGGGAUGAAGAAAAUCAUUUCUACCAAGAGRGAAACUGCAGCUGCUUUUCUAAAAAAGGUCGCCAAAGAGUUUGGGUUCAACUCCAACGGCUUCUCUGUUUAUCUGAACCGCAAUAAGACCGGAGAGAUUCUGUCCCAAAACAAAACCCUCAGCCUGCUUAAGAUCAAGCAUGGAGACAUGUUGUUUCUGUACCCCUCUGCUGCCUCCUCCUCCUCCCCCUCUGGGGAGGUCAUGGACACGGCCACCCCACACUCUUCUUCAUCCCUCCCCUCUGUCUCAUCGUCGUCGUCUUCUUCAUCCUCCUCCAUACCACGGUCCUCUUCGGCGCCCCAGGUCCAGGAGGACGAGAUCGAUCAGUAUCUGGCCAAGCAGGACGGCAAGAUCUACCGGAACAGAGACGCCCAGCUAUGUCGUCACGGUGCUCUUGGAAAGUGUGUACACUGUGUACCAUUAGAGCCUUUUGACGAGGACUACUUGAAUCACCUCGACCCCCCAGUGAAGCACAUGUCAUUCCACGCCUACCUCCGCAAGCUGACGGGAGGCGCUGAUAAAGGGAAGUUCGCAGCUCUGGAGAACAUCAGCUGUAAGAUAAAGUCGGGCUGCGAGGGCCACCCUCCGUGGCCCGAGGGGAUCUGCACCAAGUGUCAGCCCAGUGCCAUCACACUGAACAGACAGAAAUACCGACACGUGGACAACAUCAUGUUUGAGAACCACACCAUCGCGGAUCGCUUCCUGGACUUCUGGAGGAAAACGGGCAGUCAGAGGAUGGGCUACCUGUACGGCAGGUACACCGAGCACAAAGACAUCCCUCUGGGCAUCAGAGCCGAGGUGGCAGCCAUCUACGAGCCGCCGCAGAGCGCGACGCAGAACAGCCUGGAGCUGCUGGAGGAUCCUAAAGCUGCAGCUGUAGAUGAAAUCGCUGCCAAACUGGGCCUCUGCAAGGUGGGGUGGAUCUUCACUGACCUGCUGUCUGAGGACACGAGGAUAGGUACUGUCCGCUACUCAAGAAACAAGGACUCACAUUAUCUGAGCGCAGAGGAGUGCAUCACAGCCGGGUACUUCCAGAACCAACACUCGAACCCCUGCAGGCUCUCACGAGACGGAUUCUUCGGCUCCAAGUUUGUGACCGUUGUUGCAGCAGGCGGUCCAGAUAACCAGGUUCAUUUUGAAGGAUACCAGGUGUCCAAUCAGUGCAUGGCUCUGGUGCGAGACGAGUGCCUGCUGCCCUGCAAAGAUGCUCCUGAGCUAGGCUACGCUAAAGAGUCCAGCCCCGAGCAGUACGUCCCAGACGUCUUCUUCAAGGACAAAGACAAGUUUGGCAAUGACGUCACGUUUCUCGCUCGGCCUCUUCCCGUAGAGUAUCUCAUCAUAGACAUUACAACAACUUUUCCAAAGGACCCUCAGUACACCUUCACCUCCACGCAACGCUUCCCCAUCGAAAACCGGGACAUCCUCGGAGAGACGCAAGAUUUCCACAGUUUAGCGACGUACCUGUCGCAGUGCUCCUCCACCUCAUUCCUGGACAUCGUGUCAGACUUCCACCUGCUCCUCUUCCUUGUCACCAAUGAGGUCAUGCCGCUGAGAGACAGCAUCGGCCUUCUGCUCGACGCAGUGAGGACCUCCAACGAGGAUCUGGCCCAGACCUGGAAGAAGUCUGAGCAGUGGGCCACCAUCGAGCAGCUCUGCAGCACAGUCGGCGGGCAGCCCUCCGGCUCUCUGGGUUACGAGGCCAUGGGCCGCCCCUCGGCCCCCGCCUCCUCCUCAGCCAUGUGGUCGUGCCUCCACUGCACCUUCAUGAACCAGCCCGGCACAGAGCACUGUGAAAUCUGCAGCCUGCCUCGCAGUUAAGACCCUCCCUCCCUGAGCGUACUCACCACGCCAGUUCCAGCUGCAGCAUCCAGACCCUCCCUCACCACCGUGUUCAGUUUUGGUUUCCCUCUGAGAGCCCAGAGGGAUCCGCUCGUUUACUUCCCAAACAUGCGAGCAAAUCCAACCGGACUGAUUCAUUUUUGUUUUCAUCCGUUAGCACAGCUGCUCCUGUGAGAGGUGGGCCUUUUUGUCUUUGAUGCCCCGCCCCCCUUUCCUCGUCUCCAAUAAUCCCCGCUGUGACUCAGGACGGCAAAGACUCGUGUUUCUCACAUCGGUGCCCCCCCCGCUCUCACAGUGACUUCUGGAAAACCGUGCUGUGUAUAAAUACCUUUUGAGGAAUGAUGCUGUUAUUUAAUUGAGUUUCUUUUUUAUUAUUAUUAUUAUCAGAUUGUAGCGUGUAACUGAAACCUUCGGCUCAGACUCUACUCAGUCAGGUUUUUCUAGGUCUUGCUCUCCGGUAAGCCCUUCACAGUACAAUCAUCGGUCAGAGUGUUGACCUCAAGCAGUUUAUAUUUGCUGUGUUCAGUUUAGUCCCAGAUUUAAAGGAAUGCACCGUGACGUUAUGAUCCUGUUCUGUUUCCUGAAGGUUUUUUUUUUCCACCAGUUUGAUGGAGUUCAGAUGAGUUAAACAUGAGCCGGUACAAAAUGUAGCUCCUUUUGAUUUCCUCCUGUUUCUCUUGUUUUAACUAGCCGYGAGGUGCUUCUGGAAACAACUGGUGCUCAUCACUCACCUCCCCGUAGACCCCUCAUCUUCUUUGUUUUAAAUUCUCACGCUGUGCAGAUCAGAAGCUAACCUCCGUUCCACCUCUGAUGGGUGGGUUUCCCCCAUCGCUCAGCUUUCAAAGACUUCGCUGCUCAGAGUGUCUGAGGUCCCUGCAGGGGGAGAGAAAAACACGCAGAGCUGCACGAUGGAUGAUGGCUUUUCAGAUUCAACCGUUAAAAAGUCUGCAGACGUGCACCGCCUGAAACCUGAGAACAACAUGAGAAGUAAAGUAAAUAUAACAAAUUCUUUAAUACAGCUGACGUGAAAGAUGAAGCACAGGUGCAUUGAUGACGGCUGCGUUCCAAUUAUCUGCUUUUGAAAUGUACUGCAGCGUCAUCAGGAGCUAAAAGUUAAAUAAAAAAGAAAUAAACUUCUUAAA